CAGCAGCAGCCCCCGCAGUCGCUGGAGCGGCCGCGCCCGCCGCAGGGAGGGAGGAGCAUCUGGGGAGGCUCCAAGUUGGCGGAGCGACUAGGACCCCCGGACUCUUCAGCGGCCGCCCGGGAGGGGCUGAGAGGCGAGCAGGGGAGGGGGCGCCGCCUAGCCUCUAGUCCCGAGCCCCGAGCCCCGACCCCCUGCCCGCGGCCGCACCAUGCGCGCCGAGUCGGCGUGAUCGGCUCCGCCCGCAGCCUCCCCGCAGCCUAGCCCGGCGCUCUCGCCGGCCACACGGAGCGGCGCCCGGGAGCUAUGAGCCAUGAAGCCGCCAGGCAGCAGCUCCCUGCGGCCGCCCCUGGCGGGAUACAGCCUUUCCCGAGCCUCCCGCGGCCCCUUCGGCGGCCCCGCCGGCCCGGCGCCUAUCCGCGCCCUGGCCCGCGCGCCGCCCUGCCGCCUGCUCCUCGUCCUUCUUCUGCUGCCUCCUCUCGCCACCUCGUCCCGGCCCCGCGCCUGGGGGGCUGCUGCACCCAGCGCUCUACAUUGGAAUGAAACUGCAGAAAAAAAUCUGGGAGUCCUGGCAGAUAAAGACAGCAUAUUUCAACAGCAUAACAGCAGUAAUAUCAGUUACAGCAAUGCAGUGCAGAAAGAAAUCACACUGCCUUCAAGACUCAUCUAUUACAUCAACCAAGACUCAGAAAGUCCUUAUCAUGUUCUGGACACAAAGACAAGACACCAGCAAAAACAUAACCAGGCUGUCCAUCUGGCCCAGGCAAGCUUCCAGAUUGAAGCCUUUGGCUCCAAAUUCAUUCUUGACCUCACACUGAACAAUGGUUUGCUGUCUUCUGAUUAUGUGGAGAUCCACUACGAAAAUGGGAAGCCACAGCACUCCAAGGGUGGAGAGCACUGUUACUACCACGGCAGCAUCAGAGGAGUCAAGGACUCGAGGGCUGCUCUGUCGACCUGCAAUGGACUUCAUGGUAUGUUUGAAGAUGAUACCUUUGUAUAUAUGAUAGAACCGCUGGAGCUGAUUCACGAUGAGAAAAGCACCGGUCGACCACAUAUAAUCCAGAAAACCUUGGCAGGACAAUAUUCUAAGCAAAUGAAGAAUCUCAGUAUGGAAAGCAGUGGCCAGUGGCCCUUUCUGUCUGAAUUGCAAUGGUUGAAAAGGAGAAGGAAGAGAGCAGUGAACCCAUCUCGUGGUGUGUUUGAAGAAAUGAAAUAUUUGGAACUUAUGAUUGUUAAUGAUCACAAAACGUAUAAGAAGUAUCGUUCUUCUCAUGCACACACCAAUAACUUUGCAAAGUCCGUGGUCAACCUUGUGGAUUCUAUUUACAAGGAGCAGCUCAAUACCAGGGUUGUCCUGGUCGCAGUAGAGACCUGGACUGAGAAAGAUCAUAUCGAGAUCACCACCAACCCUGUGCAGAUGCUCCAUGAGUUCUCCAAAUACCGGCAGCGUAUGAAACAGCACGCCGAUGCCGUGCACCUCAUCUCGCGUAUGACAUUCCACUAUAAGAGAAGCAGUCUGAGUUACUUUGGAGGUGUCUGUUCUCGCACAAGGGGAGUUGGUGUGAAUGAGUAUGGUCUUCCAAUGGCAGUGGCACAAGUAUUAUCGCAGAGCCUGGCUCAAAACCUUGGAAUCCAAUGGGAACCUUCUAGCAGAAAGCCAAAAUGUGACUGCACAGAAUCCUGGGGUGGCUGCAUCAUGGAGGAAACAGGGGUGUCCCAUUCCCGAAAGUUCUCAAAGUGCAGCAUUUUGGAAUAUAGAGACUUUUUACAGAGAGGAGGGGGAGCCUGUCUUUUCAACAGGCCAACAAAGCUAUUUGAGCCCACAGAAUGUGGAAAUGGAUAUGUGGAGGCUGGAGAGGAAUGUGACUGCGGUUUACACGUGGAAUGCUAUGGCUUGUGCUGUAAGAAGUGCUCGCUCUCCAACGGGGCCCACUGCAGCGACGGGCCAUGCUGCAACAGUACCUCAUGUCUCUUUCAGCCACGAGGGUAUGAAUGUCGGGAUGCUGUCAACGGGUGUGAUAUUACUGAAUAUUGUACUGGAGACUCUGGCCAGUGCCCACCAAACCUUCAUAAGCAAGAUGGAUACGCAUGCAAUCAAAAUCAGGGCCGCUGUUACAAUGGGGAAUGCAAGACCCGGGACAACCAGUGUCAGCAUGUCUGGGGGACAAAGGCUUCUGGGUCUGACAAGUUCUGUUAUGAGAAGCUGAACACAGAAGGCACGGAGAAGGGGAACUGUGGGAGGGACGGAGACCGCUGGAUCCAGUGCAGCAAACAUGAUGUGUUCUGUGGGUUUUUACUCUGUACCAAUCUUACUCGAGCUCCGCGUAUUGGUCAGCUUCAGGGUGAGAUCAUCCCAACUUCCUUCUACCAUCAAGGCCGAGUGAUUGACUGCAGUGGUGCUCAUGUGAUUUUAGAUGAUGAUACAGAUGUGGGCUAUGUAGAAGAUGGAACGCCAUGUGGUCCAUCCAUGAUGUGUUUAGAUCGGAAGUGCCUACAGAUUCAGGCCCUGAAUAUGAGUAGCUGCCCCCUCGAUUCCAAGGGUAAAGUCUGUUCAGGCCAUGGGGUGUGCAGUAACGAAGCCACCUGCAUCUGUGAUUUCACCUGGGCGGGGACAGACUGCAGCAUCCGGGAUCCAGUCAGGAACCUUCACCCUCCCAAGGAUGAAGGACCCAAGGGUCCUAGUGCCACCAAUCUCAUAAUAGGCUCCAUCGCUGGUGCCAUCCUGGUAGCAGCUAUUGUCCUUGGGGGCACAGGAUGGGGAUUUAAAAAUGUCAAGAAGAGGAGAUUCGAUCCCACCCAGCAGGGCCCCAUCUGAGUCUGCGGUGGCAGCGGGUGAGCCCGGUGCCUCGCACCGUUGGAUUCUGGGUGCGACAGACCCGCUGCACCGUUGCCGGAACUGUUCCAUCUCUGAGCAAGACCGCUGGGUGGUAAUGACCACAGCACUGAAGUUGGGGGACAGGGAUGGGGGAACAGGAAA